ACUGACGAUGGAUGGAAUAUUUUAGAUUGUACUGCAAUUCUGUUAUAUUUAAUUGGAUUUAUUGCCAGAUUUAUUGUUAUUGAACAAGCAUUUAUUGUCUCCAAGAUCUGUAUGGCUCUUGAUCUGUUUUUAUGGCACGUUAGAAUGUUGCGUCUGUUUGCGAUUAGACGAUUAGGACGAUUAGGACCAAAACUAUUAAUGAUAUAUUACUCUAUGAAAGAUUUAGUUUUUUUUAUUUAUUUUAUUCUGAUAUUUCUUUUUGGUUAUUCAAUAUCAUCUUAUGCAUUGAUAACAACACGUGAACAAGUAACAUGGAUUGCAAAUGCAAAUGGAGCACCAGCUCGAAACUAUACAUUGACAAAUGAUGGCACUGGUUUAUGGUAUUGGGAAAUUUUACGUAAUGUUUUUGAUUGGGGUAUGUGGAAAGUGUAUGGACAAGUUAAUCUUUUUGGAAUACAAGAAGCAGAUAAUACAACACUUACUGGAGCUAUAAAUGAUGCAUAUGGUGUAACGACAUUCUUAUUAACAAUUGCAUUUGUUGGUAUAGCAAAUGUAAUUUUAUUGAAUGUCCUGGUCGCAUUGUUCAACGAUACACUUCGUAAAGUUGGUGAUCGUGCUGAGGAUGCUUGGGCAUUUCAUCAUUUCUUGUUGGUUAAUGAAUACACAAAGAAAUCAGUAUUUGUACCACCAUUAAGUGUCAUUGAUUAUAUAUUUCAACUUUAUAGACUAAUUGAUAGAUGUAUAAAAAAUAAAGAAACUGAUAACACAUAUGGUUCAAUUAAAAAAACAAUUGAAUUAGAUUCUCAUCUCAGUAAUCGUGUUGUAUUUAAUUUUAAAGAUCAAAUAAAAUUAGAUGGUUUUCUAACUGAGUUAUCAAUUCAUUUUUGUACACCACCAAUAAUUGAAAAACCACAAAUAAAAUUGUAUAUUAUGUCGCCAACACCUGAUCCGUGUGCAUUUUCUAUUGUUAAAUGGCCUGACAGUAAUGGACAGAAUUAUUAUGAGAUUCCACCAACAACAAUAAAGAAGAUGAGUGGAAUACAAAAAUUUAGAAUAGAUGCAAAUAUGCGACUACUAUCAGGUCAAUUUCUUGCCAUUGGAUUUCAACGUGGUUCCGGUAGUCCAUAUAGUAUUGAUCGUGAUGAAUAUUCAGUUAAUUUAAAUCAUUUUUUAAAUAUUUCUCAAUCUGGUAAACAAUCAAACAAACCAAUUGUUUUUACAAAUUAUCCAAAUAAAGGCGCAGCAUUUAGUUUUAGUAUUAGUCAAACAAUAGGAAUAGUAAUAAAUAAAUUUCAAGAACAUGGUAAUAUAUUACGUGAAAAAAUUAUAGCUGAAACAUACUGGAAAAAACUUAUUAAUGAAAUAAUUAUAGAAGAAAAACAAGAAAAUGUUUUAAGUAAAAUGAUGUACAAUGACGAUUAUAACGCUCAAAACACUAGAAUUGAGAGAUCAAUAACAACAGCUGCAAUACAACUUGAUACUGAGCGAAGUAAUAUACUUCCAGCCGCGUCGUUCAAUGAAGAUGAAACAAUAGUUUAA